AUGGGAGAGUUGCAAAAAUCCGAGGAUAUUCUCAUCGAGGGCAUCGCUGCUGGUAAACGAAGUCUUAGUGAAGAUCACCUUGGGGUUUUGAUGGGCUGCAGGGAACUUGCUCGAACUUAUUCUCGUCAGGGUCGCCUGGACGAAGCUGUGAAACUGAUUAUCACGACCAUCGAGAAGAUGAAGAUUUUUCAAGGUAGCGAGCACCCCGACUACGCUACCGUAAUGUGGAGUUUGGGCAAGGUAUGGGAGAAAAAACAGGAGCAAGCCAAGGCAAUCAAUGCCUACCAAGUCGUGUUAGAAGCGACAGAAAAGAGGUUAACAACAGAGCAUCCGCUCUACAAGAUUAUCUCGGAUCGCAUCAUUCUCCUAACAGAGGGAGCUCACAGCAAUGACUACAAAGAGGCUACAGAAAAUGGCUCUGUCACAAAUGGCGGUGAGGAUCUGCGAAUCAAACGUUUGCAUAAUACGCAGACAUGGUAG